AUGUGGAAAUCAUCUCCUAUUCAGAAAUUAAAUCCGACAGUGACUGUUUACGAUCACGAAAAAUACGUAAGUAUCCAGCAACUUCGUUGGAUACUGAAGUCAAUUGGCAUUUGGCCCAAUCCACUCGAAUCCUCUUCUUCGAUAAAGAAAUAUAUGCGCGUGCUAAUAAAUGUAUUUUGUCUCGCUAUGAUGACUUUUAUCUUUAUCCCGUGCGUCUUCUAUGUCGUGCUCGAAGUUGAAGACACAUACAAUAUCUUGAAGUUCACUGGACCGUUGACCUUCUGCGUGAUGGUUAUCAUGAAGUACAGUUUGCUGGCCCUUCGUGGGAGAGAUAUUCGUGUAUGUAUCGAGCAUAUUAAAACCGAUUGGAGGAAUACAUGGUAUCAUAGCGAUCGCGUGAUGAUGAUCAGAAAUGCGGAAUUUAGCCGUCGUCUCAUAGUGAUCAACGCGUUCUUCUCAUACGGUGGUGUCAUGUUUUAUCACAUAGCUUUGCCGAUUGCCGUGGGCAAGAUUACAGAGAGAAAUAGUAAUCUGACGUACCAGCCACUGGUGUAUCCAGUCGCCAGGAAGAUCGUCGACACGCGUUACAGUCCAAUUAAUGAAAUUUUCUUUUGGGUUCAGUUCGUGGCAGGUAUCAUUUCGCAAACCACCACAGUUGCUGCCUGUAGUGUGACUGCCGCUUUGGCAGUACACGCUUACGGUCGUUUGGAGAUUCUCAUGCAGUGGAUUGUGUAUCUAGUGGACGGGCGAGAGGAUUUUGGUAAUAACGUGGACGAAAGGCUGGCCAUAAUUGUGCAAGAACAUGUACGAAUUUUGUGUUUUAUAGAGUUAGCAGAAAAAGUAUUGCACAAGGUAUCUUUUGUGGAAGUUGUAGGAUGUACGCUCAAUAUAUGUUUACUUGGAUAUUACAUAAUUAUGGAAUGGGAAAACGACUUUGAAAUUUACAUAACAUAUAUUGUUCUGCUUAUAAGUUUUAUUUUUAAUCUGUUCAUAUUUUGUUACAUAGGUGAACUUAUCGCCGAGCAGUGCAAGAGGGUUAGUGAAGUAUCGUACAUGAUCGAUUGGCAUCGUCUACCAGGAAAGAAAGCUCUAGCUAUUGUACUAAUGAUAGCGAUGUCCAAUUCAUCGGUUAAGCUUACUGCUGGGAAUAUCAUUGAGUUAUCUAUAAGCAGUUUCGGUGAUGUGAUUAAGACAUCGGUUGCUUAUUUAAAUAUGUUACGUACACUAACUACUUAA